AAACCCCAGGAUUUUAGUGCUGGGAUCCUGGGAGGGCUCAGGACCUCCAGUCUGGAAGCCACUUUGGGGGUCCUGGCCUUCAUGGAGCAGCUGAGGCACUGUCCAUCAGAACACCAGGCCACGGUGAAUGCUGCCCUGGCUGCCCUGUGCCGCCCUCUCUUCCACCACGAGGAGGCUAAGAUCCGAAGGGCAGCCAUGAGGACCCACCUGGAUCUCCUGCAGCACCGCCACCACCACCACAAGGGUACAGAGGAGAACAUCACGACCCUCAUCGCGGUGCUGAUGCAUGUGGAGGAUAAAGCCCUGGAGGUAGCACAGGCUGCGAAGGACAAUCUGAGCCUCCUGGCGGAAGCCCUCCUAUGGCACCUGGAGGGCAAGCUGCUGGCGCGGGACUCUUACAGCCUGCAGGAGCUGCUCCACAAGAUCGCCAAGCGUCUGAUUCGGCAGCUCGGCACAGAGGACGCCGUGGAGAUGGAGGCCACCAAGAUCCUGGGCUUCUUCCGCAGCGAGCAGCCUUCAGUGAGGAGAAUGGCUGCCCUGCUGAUUGGUCACCUGGUCCACAAAAAGGGCAGCAUCCUCACUGAAGGGAACAUAGAGACCUUCCAUGCUGCGCUGGAGAGCUUGCUUGGCGACCAUGACCCCGAGGUGGGGAGAGCUGCCUGCAAGACAGAGAAGAUCGUGAAGAAGGCCUUUUCCCUCCACUCCCGGCACGGGCUGCGGGCUGCCGUUCGGCGCUUGUGGGAGGGCUGUAAGAAGAAGAGACACCCGCCAGAGUACGGUGAUCUCUCCACCUGACCGACUGGAACAACAGCCCCGUGCUCUCCCCUUGAAGAUCAGCAGCUGAAGGGAGGUUCAGGAAAGACAGUGCAGCGCAGGGGCCUCCCAGAAGACCUCCUCCAACCGCGUGGACACAAGAUCUGUCCACAAGAAGACAUCCUGCAGGGAAGUGCAGUUCUGUCUGAGGAGUGAGGGGGAAGCAGGCUCCACUCCCCUGGCCCAAGGAAGCCCCGCCUCUGGGGUGCAGAAGCCCCUCCCCUUGCUUCUGCUGGCAGGCAGUGGGAGGAGGCUACAGGACCACCCUGCCCCCAAGUGGCCCUUUGGAACCAUUCUUGGGCUUCCCUUGGGUCCGGAGAGGCUGUGUGGCCCCAGCAGGAGGGCAAGGUCACCGCCUCCCUCCAUUACCACCAGCUGGCCAAGGAGCGCCCCCUCCUCCUUCCACCUUUCUCCCCUUCCCCAGCGGCCUGGCUUCCCCUGGCAGAGGAAGCCCCAUCCAGGCAUCCACCCCCUCCCCUGCCGAGGGUGUGCUCCUCCCCCCCUCCACUCCCGCAGCCACGCCUCACUCCCCCC